AUGCCUCUGGUCCUGAGGGCUCUUCCUCUCAUAAACCCGCUCUGUCCGGUUCAGAGCCAUGAACUUGUGUUAAGUGUGAAGUGUUAUAUGAGUCAUGGUGAUGUCUCAGGGUUUGAGCAGGACACGUCGCCUGAGGAGCAGCCACAGCUGACCACCAAACCGACUGAUGCAGAAGAAAACUGCAGGAAUACUGAAGAUGUGGAAUCUGGAAAUGCCAACUUGGAGAACAAGGAGAAAGCAUCCGUGUCCCGAUCGGCCUCUAUUAAAGAGUCUCUUCUGAAGGCCGCGGGUCCUAAACCAGUGCUGAACCAGGACCGAUCAGAGCCCAAACACACCAGUCCACUGGAGUACCGCAGGACUCUGGCCACUCAGAACAGCUUACAGACGGCCUUCAUGGUGCGCGUGGGCACUGAGGAAGAUGAAGAGGAGGAGGAGGAGGAGGAUGAGAAGCCCUCUAGUCAAGAGCAGGACGUGUCGUAUGAGCUGAGCAACAGCAAACACAGCACACUGAUGUCAGUGAACAGUCUGUCGACUCCGCCCCAGUCUCCAAGCUCCUCCUCCUCUCCCCCGCCUCCGCCCUCCCCCCCACAGCUGACGGACGGAUCACACUUCAUGUGUGUGUGAGCAGAGAGACGGACGACAGCCCCUCCACCGACAUCAGUGAAGCGGCAUGUGAGGGGAUGUCCCGCCGUGAGCCAAACACAUCAUCAUCAUCAUCAGCAGACAGAGGAGUGCCGCCCAUCAGCUGACGGACACACAGCGACGUCCAGGCCUUAGUUCAAACCAUUCUUUUAUAGUGAUUAUUAUUUCUAUUCCUCUUGAGUUUCCUGAAGCAUCUGUAGAUGCCAGAGUUUUAAUGUUUGAUUGGGUGUGCAGACGCGCCUGAGGUGCGAUCAAACCCUCGCUCGUGUACACUACAGCGCCCAGACUCACUCUCAACAGGAAGUGGAGCGUAAAAAGGCCAUGAUCGCACUGGUUUUAUUCAGACUGCCGAGGGUCACCACCGUUGGCUUGUUUUAUAUGGAUUUUAAUCAGUCGCUCCCAGUGUUUUUAGUACUCCUAUCUUUUGCACUGUCUGACACCCAUCGUUUCUUUUUUGCUAUCAGACGAUUAGUGUCUGUAUAAACGAUGUACAACUAUAAAGUGUCAAUAAGGUGCCGCCGUACUGCUGGCGAUGGACAGGAUUUGUAAAUGAUCUGUAUGUUGGAUAGUCCGCAGUAGCCACCACACUGUUUCCCGACACACUCAUGAAUGUUCCAGCUUAUGUUUUAUUUUUCUAUGGCUGAGAUAUAUUUAACUAGAGAGACGAGUACAGAGUAUUACAGUUUUAAGAAGAGUAUUCCAGAGGUUGGCUUUAGUUUGAGGAGAAUAGCACACGAGGAGCAAGCGUUUAAAACAGUUGAUAAAGCAAUAAGCAGGGUUUGGUGUUCCACUUCGAUGUAUAAACUGUAAAGUUCAUGAUGUAUAUACUGUACACCAUACAAUGAGCAGAGCAGAGACACCGAAGAGGUUAUGUAUCAGAGUCAAUAUGCAAAUGUUCAUAUUUCAUCUGUUUUAUAUCAUGUGAAAUAAAUGUUGAUGUUCUUAUAUAUA